CAAAGAAUAAAAAUUGUGGAUAGAAUUAACUACAUUAUCCUCUCUCUAUAUUUUCUUUCUCUUUUUCCUCUCAAACCAAACUAAAAAGAAAACAUAAAACACUUAUAGAAUAACAAAGAACAAACCAAGAUCAUGGAACUCUCUCUUCUCACCCAUCAGCACAAUCCUUUACUCGCCUCCAAUCUCUUCACAAGAACACACAAAAAAUUGUACAACAAAAAUUCAAGUAGGUUAUUACCAUGUAGCUGUUCACAUUCUUCUUCCAAUAAUGCUUCUGUAGAACCAGUUAAUGUGUCUUCACAAAUUGAAGGAAGAAGAGCAUUACUCACUUGUCUCCUCACAACAUUUGCUGGAGUCUAUGCAUGUGAUGUGGCUGAAGCUGUUAGCACUAGUAGAAGAGCGCUAAGAGGGGCCAAAAUUCCUGAAAGUGAUUUCAAAACCUUGCCGAAUGGUUUGAAAUACUAUGAUUUGAAGGUUGGAAAUGGAGCUGAAGCUGUGAAAGGAUCGCGUGUUGCAAUUCACUAUGUUGCUAAAUGGAGGGGAAUCACAUUUAUGACUAGUAGACAAGGAAUGGGCGUUGGAGGAGGAACGCCCUAUGGAUUUGACGUAGGCGAAUCUGAGAGAGGAAAUGUCCUAAAAGGUUUGGAUUUAGGAGUAGAAGGCAUGCGAGUUGGAGGUCAGCGACUGUUAAUUGUUCCACCUGAACUUGCCUAUGGAAGCAAGGGAGUUCAAGAAAUCCCUCCAAAUGCAAUAAUAGAGGUGGAUGUGGAACUGCUUGCCAUUAAACAGAGCCCAUUUGGGACUGCUGUAAAGAUUGUUGAAGGCUAAUGCAGUGGUUUAAUAUUCAGAGUGCUUUGCUAUGUUAGCAAAAACUGGGAGAAGAUAAUAUCUGUCCUGGUAGGAGACGUACCAGAUGGCUCUUAGUCUUUGAUGUGAAUGAACAUAGAAUUUUACAUGUUUCUGGACUAGCAUUAAAGAAACAUUGAAAAGGCUGAAACAUUGCUAAAGAAAACUUGAUUAGUUGUAUUCAAUUCAAUAUUUCAAUACAAAAGUUCAUGAAUCGAUACCACAUAAAUAUAAACAAUAAUAGUUGUUUUCA